AUGCUAAAUGAUAUUGUGAAACACACUUGGAAAAGAAUAUUAAGUAAUCAUAACUCAAUUUUCCAAGCUGAAUUGACAGCAAUAAAUAAAGCUAUUCAACUCUCCUAUACAUUCGAUACACAAGCCCAUAUUUGCAGUGACAUUCUAUCUAGUUUGAAGGCAAUUGGUGGUAUAAAUUCCAGAAAUCCGCUAGUCGCAGAAAUUCAAAAAUUACUUCUCAACAUAAUGUCAGAAUUUCGUCCACGGUUAUCCUGGGUUCCAGCACAUACGGGCAUAGUUGGCAAUGAUUUUGCGGACGAACUUGCCAAGCAAGCAGCAACUGGCCUUAACUUGGUGGAAUAUCCCUUGCCCUUGCCAAGUUCUUAUCUUAAAAGGAUUAUUUAUAAGCACUUAAUGAAUCACUGGCAAUCCAGAUGGAAUAUUGCAACAACGGGAAGAUGGACUUUCCGUUUUUGUCCCCAUGUCCCUACGAAGAUGCUUACAUAUUCUUCUGCAUUGACAACCUUUCUUUCAGGCCAUGGACCUUUCAUAACAUAUCUUCAUCGAUUUGCUAUUACAGAACUGGACACUUGUGAUUGUGGCCUGCAAAGAACUGCAUGA